AUGUGGGAGCAAUUAGAGGAUAAAGGGCUUUUAAAAGGAAUGGACGAAAAACAACUAAAAAACAAAAUAAAGAAUUUAAAAGAUGUGUUUCGUCAAGAACUGGCCAAGAUAGAACGAAGCAAAAAAACUCUACCCAGCAUACAAAAUAUAUCUGAGGAAAUCUCAAAUUCUCAAAUUGAACAGCGUGACGAUGAAAAAUUGAAUAAAAUAGCUGAAAAUGUAUCAGAAGGAAAACCGUACGACGAAUUUGGAAAGUAUGUAGCUGCAGAGCUGCGUCAAUUACCCCAACGUGAGGCUAUUUUAUUGCAGCAAGAAAUUCAGAAUUCUAUUACACGUGUAAAGCUAAUGUGUUUGGGAAAUGAUAAUCAACUAAAUAAUUACUACAGAGAGCCCCUUCAAGUGCAAACUUUUUCACCGUUAUCCUCCCCCAGUGAUCCCAGCCCUGCCUCAUCAGCAACAUAUGAAGCAAAUACUCAACAUUGCAAAUCGAUGAGCUUUGCAGAAAUUCAUUCCAAUUUAGCAAAAGACAGUGUUGGGCUUGGAGGGAGAUCAAAGGAGACAAUUAAUAGAAAGUGGGACAAAUUAGCGAUAUGUCUGAAUACUCAUGGAUCUGGACCUACAAAAAAUGGACAAUGUUGGAGAAAGUAUUGGAUAGACCUUAAACAUAGGAUACAAUCUAGAGCUGCACAAUAUAGGCAGGGUGCUACAGGUACUGGUGGAGGGUGCUAAUAUUGAUAACUUAUCUGAAGUAGAUAUGGUAAAAUUGGGAACAAGCAGCAUUAUUUGGAGAUACUGAACUUCAAAUUCCAUUUAGUCUGUUGAGCCACCACCAGAUAUAGAAUUACAAAUAGCUAUUCAGUGUGCAGUAUGCAGGCAGAGACGGCAUUAAUGCAACUUCAAAAAUUUCACAAGAAAUUUGGUCAAGCAUCUCAAACCUUCAAACCUGAUUGAAAUUCAGAAAGGAUAAAGUAUUUUUAUGAUUAUUGUUUACUUGUGCCACCUAAUCUUUGUCAUUUUAAUAAAAGAUAUUUGCACAAAUCAAUUUACUAUAUUAUUCCUAUUGCUGUUGUGUAACAGUGCGCUAUUUUUUGUGAUUAAACUACUUCUCUUAAAUUAUUUCAUAAAAAUCACUGACAUAUGUUUUGUAAUGGCACCUCCAAUCCAUAAAUCAUUUAUAACUCUUAAUACAGUAAAAAGUUUGUCUC